AGCCCACAGUCUCACUUACACUCUCACUCCGGAAGAAGAAGAAAAGAAGCAGAAUGUCAAGAUUCUUACCGGAGGGCAUCAUUGAGAACAUAGUCACAAGGUUACCAGUCAGAUCAAUUUCAAGAUUCAGGUGUGUUUCCAAAAAUUGGUAUCAUCUAUUUCGAAACCCUAAUUUUAUCAAAAAUCAUCUCAACCAUGCUAAUCUCAUUAACCGAUUCAACAUCUUGGUUACUGACGACGCAGGCGCUGAUGAUAUAAAUACAAACCCUUAUCUUUAUUAUGUAGAUAAUAAUGUUCUAUCAUCAUCAUCAUCAUCGUCAUCAUCAUCAUCAUCAUCACCAUUUUUAGGUCAUGCUCUUAAUAUUGAUUAUCCAUUUAUGACCCGAGAACAUGUGCCUCAUGUUCUGGGUUCUUGUGAUGGUUUAGUUUGCAUUGAAUCAUUUCCUGACAGUAGUAUCUGUAUUUGGAACCCGGCUACCAGAGAAUAUAAACAAGUACCUGAACCCUACUGGGAAUCUUAUUUUAUGGCACAUGGGUUUGGUUUUGAUUGCAAGAAUGAUGAUUAUAAGGUAUUAGGAAUUGAGAGUUAUGGAGAAGGUGGGAUUUCUGACGCUAGUGUUUACUCAUUAGCUUCAGAUUCAUGGAAGGAACUUGGUAUCAUUCCUUAUAAUUUCUCUUCUGUGAUAAAUAAGGGAUUUCGUGUUAAUGGUGUUCUUCAUUGGAUUGCUACUGAUCCUCGUGCUGGACUCGAAUCUAAGGUUAUUGUUUGUUAUGAUAUUUCUGAUGAGACAUUCCAUGAUGUGUCAAUACCUACCAAAAAUCCAAAGGAGAUUGGGAACUGCCGUCUCAUGUCAGAGUUAGGCGUUUGGGAAGGGAAGCUUUGCCUACUUCGUAUGAAUCGUACGGAGGAUCCUGAUCUAUGUACGCACAUUGAUGUGUGGACAAUGAUGGAUAACAAGUGGAGUAAGCAUUUGAAGAUUACUGCAAAUAUGACAGAUAUGUGCUAUCAAUGGCCAAUACAAACUUUACAGAAUGGUGAGAUCCUAUUUGAAGGCGGACCAAAGGGUUGGGAUGUGGGAAGUGGUUUGAUAUCAUAUGACCCUAAGCUUGAAAGAGCUCGAGCUCUGAAGAUACAUGGUUUCCCAUAUGAGUCUGAUGUGGAAAUUUAUAUUGAGACCUUAGUAGCACUCAGCUCUGGUACUUAUGUUGGGCAAUAACUAAAAGAGUAACAAAGAAGUAAAGCAACAAAGAGAAGAAGCAGAUAAUAAUGACUGAUGCGGAACUGGAACAAUGAACCAAGAAAGUAAUGGAGUAGAUAAGAGAGAGAGGAAGAUAAGGUAGAAAGGGAUGGUGUCAAUUUUUUUUUUUUUAUGUUGGUGCACUAAUGAAAUGGAAGCGUGAAUGGUUCAUUGCGGGAGAUGAUCUGGUAUCUGUAGCAGUUGGCGCAUGGUUGUGAUAUAACGGCAUUUUGGAUAAGGGGCUUCUUCUUAAUGGUGUUCUUCAUUGGGUUGCUACAGUUCAUCGUAUUGGGCUCAAAUCUGGUGUUAAUGUUUGUUUUAAUAUUUCUGAUGAGACAUUCCAUGAUGUGCCAUUACCUCACAACAGUUCAAUUGAGGACCGUUUCUUGUCAGGCUUGGGCAUUUGGGAAGGGAAACUCUGCCUACUUCGUAAAAUCACAUGGAGGAUCCUGAUAUAUGUCAACAUCAUAAAGAUCACGUUGAUGUGUGGACAAUGAUGGAUAACAAGUGGAGUAAGCAUUCCAACAUUACUGCACAAAUAACUGACAUUUGGUGCUAUGGAAAGCCAAUUCAAACUUUACAGAAUGGUGAGAUCCUAAUUCAAGGCGGACUAAUGGGGGAAGUGGGCACUGGUUUAAUGGCAUAUGACCCUGCGCUUGAAAGAUUUAGAGCAUGGAGCUCUGAAGAUAUACGGUUUCCCAGAAGUGUUUUGUGUGGAGACUUAUAUUGAGACCUUGGUAGUACUCAACUCCGGUACUUAUCUCGGGAGAAACGGAUAACAAUUACUGAUGCGAAUCUGCAGUAAGGAACCAAGAAAGUAAGGGAGCAGAUAAGGGAGGAGGAAGAUAUGGUUGAAAGGGACGGUGUCAAUUUUUUUUUAAUGGUUUUGCACUAAAAAAAUUGAAGCAGAAAUGGUGCGUUGCGGGAGAUAAUUUUUUAUAUGUAGCACUGAAGUAUUCAGAAACCAGUUUGAGUUCAGGCGCAUAGUGGUGAAACUGGUCAUACAACAGCAUUUUGGCGGAAUUGUGGAUUUUAUAGGGACAUGUGUAAAGUGCUACAGCGUAGCUGAAGCAGGGACUUCGGCUGGAAAGGAUGCAGUUUCAUUGGUUGCUGAGAAAAUUGGAGACUGGUUAGUAUUCUCUUUUGAAGGAGAUAAAAUUUAAAGAAGUGUAGCAGUAUGGGAGAUAGGCCAUGUAGGCUAUAUGUAGAACUGAACCAAUGACUCCAGAUUCAUGCAGAUGUAGUAAGUUUAAGAACUAGUCAUUUUUGCCGUACCAUGUGUCAAAUUGGUUUAUGCUUUCACAGUAGUCAGUACAGCUCGUAGUAGUAAGGUUAUAACAGGGGUAUGCUGAGAUUCCUGAAACCUAAAGAACAUAUCUGGGUGUGAAAACAAGGGUUUCUUAACAGGGGUAUGCUGAGAUUCCUGAGCCAUUCUUAUGAACAAAUUCAACAUCUUGGUUAGCAAUCACGGAGCCAUCGAUAAUACCCCUUCUGGUGAUAUAGCUACAGAACCUUUUCUCUAUUCUAUAGAUAAUACUGUUUUAACAUCAGCAUCAUCACCAUUUUUAGGUCAUGCUAUUGAGAUUGAUUAUCCAUUUAUGGACCGAGAACAUGUGCCUCUAAUUAUAGGUUCCUGGGAUGGGUUGGUUUGCAUUAAUGAACCAUGUCCUGAAAUUAGUAUCUGUAUUUGGAACCCGGCUACCAGAGAAUAUAAACAAGUACCAGAACCCGACUGGGAAUCUUAUUUUCUGGCACAUGGGUUUGCUUUUGAUUGCAAGAAUGAUGAUUAUAAGUUAUUAGGAAUUAAUAGUUAUGGAGAAGGUGAAGUUUCUGAAGCUGGUCUUUACUCAUUAGCUUCAAAUUCAUGGAAGGAACUUGGUAUCAUUCCUUAUGAUUUCUCUUCUGUUAUGUUAAAUAAGGGGCUUCUUUUUAAUGGUGUUAUUCAUUGGAUUACUACUGAUCAUCGUACUGCACUCGAAUCUACUGUUGUUGUUUGUUAUGAUAUUUCUGGUGAGACAUUCCAUCAUGUGCCAUUACCUGACAGAACCCGAAGGAGAUUGGGGAUCGACAUUUGGGCUUUUGGGAAGGGAAGCUUUGCUUACUUUGUACGGUUCGCACGAAGGAUCCUGAUAUAUGUACUUAUCAAAAAGAUCACAUUGAUGUGUGGACAAUGAUGGAUAACAAGUGGAGUAAGCAAUUGAAGAUUACUGCAAAUAUGACAGAUAUGUGUUAUAUAAGUCCAAUUCAAACAUUACAGAACGGGGAGAUCCUAUUUACAGGCGAAACCAAGGGGGAACCCGGCGUUGGUUUGAUAUCAUAUGACCCUAAUCGUGACAGAGUCAGAGCUUUGAAGAUACAUGGCUUCCCAGAAUGGUCUGAUGAGCAUACUUAUAUCGAGACCUUAGUAGUACUCAACUCCGGUACUUAUGUUGGGCAACAACAAAGAGAACAAGCAGAUAAUAAUGACUGAUGCGGAGUUGGAAUCAUGAACCAAGAAAGUAAUGGAGUAGAUAAGAGUAAGAGGAAGAUAAGACGUAGAAAUGAAUGGUGUCAAUUUUGCUUUUAUUUAUUUUUAUUUAUUUUUUUGAAAAGAAGAAGUUUCAUUAUUAAUAAACUGGAACUUCUCUUGGGUAACGAGUCCCCACCGAGUCAUUCAUAACAAUUACAUUAAGGAAAUCAGGAGUAGUGUGUUCACAUAUGUGGGUUGAUGUUCUGUUGUUGAUUCCAAUCCCGUGCUGUAAUUUUUUUUUUGCUACAAAGUCUGCAAGUCCAUCCGCCGCUUGAUUCGCUUCUCUAUAUGUGUGUGUUAUCACAUAAGUCUGUAGUAAACGGAGAUGUUAUUGUAUUUCUUGUAACAAAGUUC